AUGAGUACGAAACUGCUAACACUUUUGUUAAAUGGCGGCACAUAUUUAGCCAUAAUACCACCUCUAAAAAAGCAAAAUCUUUGCGUGUAUAAAUUUUACGUUUUUGCAAUGUCUGCGUUUAUAAUUACUGGUGUAAUAAUUACUUCAUAUAUCCAGAAUUUUUACUCCGAUUUUGUUCUCAUCAAGCAAGUUGUGUGGUUAGUCGAAGACACUUUCUUGAUCAGUCUGAAUCUGUACGUUGUAAAUAUUUUGGGUUUACGCAAACGUAAACAAUGGAAAGAUCUAAUAGAAUGUCUCAAAGCUACUGAAAACUUAAUUUUUGUCAAAUUAAAUAAGAGGAAAUUUCCUUACUACCUGGAAUUUAUUAUUGCAAACCUCGUUCAUUUCUCUCUUGCCACUUACGAAUAUAUUUUUUGGGCGCGAUCUGUUGGAAUACUUUUUUUGAAACAGCAUUUUAUCAGGUACUUACAAAUGUAUUUAAAUUUUUAUUGUAUAUUUUUAUUGUGUGUUGUUACAAAUAUGAUACUGGCUCGUUAUAAGGGACUCAAAGCAAUAAUAAUGACACAAUGCAAAUCUCAUACUCAUUUAAACAAUAACUCAGUUUUAAAUUUUACAAGCAAAAUUGAAAAAAACAUGUUUUUCUUGAAGAAAACUGUUGAUGUUUAUAAUACCAUGUUUGGUUGGACAUUAUUUUUAAUCAUCUCUUUGACAACCGUACAAAUUCUUAACUACAUCGACCACAUAAUUUAUUACACAGAAGACCAAUCAAGUCAGGUACAAGUCGUUCUUCUUUCUAUAGCAAUUGUCACAUGGAUUUUUUUGGGAGCACUUGUGCUAAUUUUACUCUGUAGUUUCGUGGAACAAGAAGCCGAAGAAAUUGUGAGAAUUUCCUACGAUAUAAGACUGAGAUUGGCUGGAAAUUUGAAUUUACAAUGUUAUAAAAUGCAAGAAUUUACAAAUUUCCUUAUUAAAAAUUUGCCAAAAUUCACUGCUGCAAAUUUUUUCUACAUCGAAAGAUCUACGAUUUUAAGCAUUUUAGGCACAGUUUCUACGUUUCUUAUUAUUCUCAUUCAGUUUCGAAAACAAUAA